CCUCGGCGCCGCGAGAAACGCCCUAAAGAGGAGGGAGAGAGGGAGGGAGACCGCGGCUCCGGAGAGCGAGAGCGAGCUGAAGCUGCCUGCCGGCGGAGAGGAGGAGCGGGGCGAGGACGAGGAGGAGCGGGGCGAGGCGCAGGCGAGGCUGGGACCCGGGGCGCGCGCACUUCUCCGCAAAGUGCCAACUUCCCGGGAGAGUGCCGGGCGCGCACCUUCUGGGCGCGGGGAAAAGUCAGCGGCAAUCUGAAAUCUUAGGGAAGAAAGUCGGAUUCCCCCCCCCCUCCCGUCCCCCUUUCCCCUGUUACUAAUCCCCAUUAAAAAGACAAACAACAAGAAUAACCGCAAACUUGCCAUAAUCCUGUCUGCCCCCCACUCCUGGCACCAUGAAGGCGGCCGUCGAUCUCAAACCGACUCUCACCAUCAUCAAGACGGAAAAAGUCGAUCUGGAGCUUUUCCCCUCCCCGGAUCUGAACUCCGGCGCUGCCGAAUUACAACUGCUUUCAUUUGUUUUUCCUGCUCCCCUACCAUGUAAUGGUCAAGGGCUCAUUGGAACCAUGUGUGAGCCUGAUAUGGAAUGUGCUGAUGUCCCACUGUUAACUCCAAGCAGCAAAGAAAUGAUGUCUCAAGCGUUGAAAGCUACUUUCAGUGGUUUCUCUAAAGAACAGCAACGACUGGGAAUUCCCAAAGACCCCCGGCAGUGGACAGAAACCCACGUGCGGGACUGGGUGAUGUGGGCUGUGAAUGAGUUCAGCCUGAAAGGUGUGGACUUCCAGAAGUUCUGUAUGAAUGGAGCAGCUCUCUGUGCGCUAGGGAAAGACUGCUUUCUCGAGCUGGCCCCGGACUUCGUCGGGGACAUUCUGUGGGAACAUCUCGAGAUCCUGCAGAAAGAGGAUGUGAAACCAUAUCAAGUUAAUGGAGUGAACCCUACCUAUCCAGAAUCCCGCUAUACCUCGGAUUACUUCAUUAGUUAUGGUAUCGAGCAUGCUCAGUGCGUUCCUCCCUCGGAGUUCUCAGAGCCUAGCUUCAUUACAGAGUCCUACCAGACUCUCCAUCCCAUCAGCUCAGAGGAACUCCUCUCCCUCAAGUAUGAGAACGACUACCCCUCGGUCAUUCUCCGGGACCCUCUGCAGACAGACACUUUGCAGACAGACUACUUCGCCAUCAAACAAGAAGUUGUAACCCCAGACAACAUGUGCAUGGGGAGGACCAGUCGUGGUAAGCUCGGAGGCCAGGACUCUUUUGAGAGCGUGGAGAGCUACGACAGUUGUGACCGCCUCACCCAGUCCUGGAGCAGCCAGUCCUCUUUCAACAGCCUGCAGCGCGUCCCCUCCUAUGACAGCUUCGACUCAGAGGACUAUCCAGCCGCCCUGCCCAACCACAAGCCCAAGGGCACCUUCAAGGACUAUGUGCGUGACCGUGCUGACCUCAACAAGGACAAGCCUGUCAUUCCUGCUGCCGCCCUGGCGGGCUACACAGGCAGUGGACCAAUCCAGCUGUGGCAGUUUCUUCUGGAAUUACUCACUGAUAAAUCCUGUCAGUCUUUUAUCAGCUGGACCGGAGAUGGCUGGGAAUUCAAGCUUUCUGAUCCAGAUGAGGUGGCCAGGAGAUGGGGAAAAAGGAAAAACAAACCCAAGAUGAAUUAUGAGAAACUGAGCCGCGGCCUCCGCUACUAUUAUGACAAAAACAUCAUCCACAAGACGGCGGGUAAACGCUAUGUGUACCGCUUUGUGUGUGAUUUGCAGAGCCUCCUCGGGUACACGCCCGAGGAACUCCACGCCAUGCUGGACGUCAAGCCCGAUGCCGACGAGUGACGGACACCAAAGGGGUCGGGGCACCUCCGCUGAGACAUUUCGAAGAACAACCACGUCGGUCGGACUCUUAAUUUUUAAUUGUUAUUCUAUUUUUAAUUUUCCAGAACUCAUUUUUUUACAUUCAGGGGUGGGCGCUAAGUGGGCUGCAGCUAUAAUCAAUUGUGCGCAGUUGGAAAAGGACGGCCAGGACUUGAGGGGUGGGGGGGGACAAGAAAUUCUUGAGCAAAUUUUCAGGACAGAGAGAAGGGUCUUCUUAAGAAGCUUGAAGAAUCUGGCUUAAGGGAGGAGACUAAUGUGUCCCAUUACUUUUAAAACUCAUCCGUGAAAACAAUGCGUCUCGAGUGGUGGACCUAUUAGCAAAAGAAGUUGACACGUCAGGAGUCAUGAGACCCAUGAGAGACAAUUUAUUUGCUUUUGUUGUUAGGUCUGGGAGGGCAAAAAAGAGGGAGGUGGGAUAAAACAUUUUGUUUGGGGGAUGCACUAAAAACCAAGGACUAUUUACCUUUUACUCUACUUUCCAAACAAAGAUAGACUUCAGUGGGGAGGGGCCAAAACUGUUUUUGUGUUAAAAUUUUAUUUUAUUAAAUUUUGUGCCAGUAUUUUUUUUCUUAAAAAAUCGUCUUAAGCUCUAAGGUGGUCUCAGUAUUGCGGUUUCAUGUGAGUUUGUUUUUAUUUGCCGACUGAGGAUUCUGUCACAGUGAAAGGAAACUGUUUAUAUAGACCCCACUGGAAACGCAAAGUGCUGUCACUCAGAUCGGGGAUCCCAAAUUCAUGUGACUUCUAUAUGAAGGAAAAAAAAACAACAAUGCUGAUUUGGGUACAAGGGACCUGUGCAUGUGAAUUUCAUCUGUAUUUUAAAAACUGAUCACACCCCUCUACUUACUUGUCAUUAGUGGAUUCUCGGGGUUUGGGCUUAACGUUGAGUUAAGAAGCAUUAAGUCUUUGAACUGAAUGUAUUUUGCCGCCCUGGUUUUGGACCCCAGUAAAUGUAGGAGCACUGUUGAAGUCAUAGAAUGGAUAUCGAAGGAGGAGGACUGACUUGGUUCUUAAUGGGUUCUAUACCUGUAACAUACAGAACUUGGAAGAAAAGCUGUGUGCACGGGCAUUACCCCUCAGGUCUUAAGAAGUAAGUCCUGAAUGCAUGUCAUUGCAAACCCUGCACUUCCUCCUUUAUGUCUGAUUUUCCCGGCAUCCCAUACUUACUGCUUACCCGACCCCCCGUCCCCCCCAACCCAUGACUCAGUAGAGAGAAAUGUACAGCUUUCCAAUCGGUGAGUGAAAGAGGAAUGGCAGACGUGACGUGAGUUGAAGAGUGUCGGACAAAGCCAUUUAGAUGUACUGAGUUUGGGGAACAGUGGAGACUAGGGUUGCAUAGGAGUAAAAAUGUGGCUUGGCCGUCUUUGAGAGAAGUACAAGGCUUUCUUUUGAAGAGUUUGAGCUAGUUGAGUCAGACGUCAGGUGAGGCUGUGCAUGCAGAGUGAACAGUGCAGACGCUAGGAGAGCCCUGUGCUUGGAUCAGGGUUAAGUGAAGGGUAAUAAUUGCAGAAGAGAGAAACGACUUGAAGGCAGAGGAAACCUAAGGAAAGGAGCUUGGAAAAAUAAGGUGGUCUGUGAGAUUCGAAUAUGCUAUACUAAAAACUAUAGUUUUUAGUUCCUCCAAAGUUUAACAAGAAACUUAAUCACCUGGGGCAGUGGUGAAGGGUGGUCUGAAAAAUGUGUGGAUUUUUUAGGGGGGCGGGAAACCAGCAUCUAACCAGUGAGGAAAAGUGCCUAAUACAGUUGAACCCCGGCCCCCCACCAUAGAUGCCUGAUUUAAAAAUUUUUUUAAGUGUUUAUUUAUUUUUGAGAGAGAUAGAGACAGAGUGCAAGCGGGGGAGGGGCAGAGAGAGGGGGAGACACACACACACACAUACACACACACACACACACACACACACACACACACACACACACACAGAAUCUGUAGAGGCUCCAGGCUCUGAGCUGUCAGCACAGAGCCCAACGUGAGGCUCGAACUCACCAACGGCAAGAUCAUGACCUGAGCCGGAGUCGGAUGCUUAACCGACUGAGCCACCCAGGCGUCCCAUAGAUACCUGAUUGAAAAGGAUGAUGACAGAGAGUUAGCUCUCGCGGACCAGUGGGCAAGGCGAAGAAACAUUUUAGGUGGGUUUCUCAGGGGCUAGCCCUUCUUGGGAUCUGGCUGAGAAACUGGAAGUACUAACUACCUGCUGGCUUAUCUUCGAGAACGUGGAUUGUUUACUCCCAGGUCCUCUUACAGACCCUGAAUGAUCAGGAACUUAGCUCUGUGAUUCAUGAGUUUCCUCAUACUGAUAAAUCAGAGCAUCCACUUGGAAAGCAAAAGCAGAAUUGGCCCAGCUGUGUAUUUUGAUCUUCUUCCGGAUGCAGGUGCCUUAAUGAAGCUCUCGAAAUAUUUUAGGAGCUGCUCAGGGAGUAUUAGGCGGAACUGUCGGACUACAUUGUUUUCUCUUAGAUCAUGUGAUCUUUCUUGGGCACUGGCAAAGGUGUGUGUGUGUGUGUGUGUGUGUGUGUGUGUGCAUGUAUAUGUGUGUGUGUGUGCUUGCAGACAUGCAAAACUACAGCUGAGAUAAUACCUGAGUUUUUCAGUUAAGUCUUUCCACAUUUCAGUAAUGAACGGGCAAGAGUAGAACCAAGGCGGGACAUCGGUCAUUGCUUGCUGUUCGCAACCAGGCAUAACAUCACUUUCUCCGUGCAUCAACCUUUCCUGUUAAAUUUGUGCUGAAAACUCCCCUUGUGUGAGUGUGUCUAAGUCCUGCAAUCAUUCCAUAGCAGAUAAGAGAUAAGAAAGUGCCUCCUUAAUGCUCCUCAGCCCGCUUGUUUGCUAAGAUGCCUUUCUCUCGAGGUCGGCCGUUUUCAGUAUUUGUAGAUAGUGUGCUAGUUAAGACAGCUUUGUCGAUCUGGCCAGAUGCUUUUUCUCCUUCUGUCCAGGGGCCAGAGACCAUCCCAGGAAGAGUGGUGGGUGGUUUAUACACUGGAAAUGUAGCAGAAUUGUUGCAUUUAUGCUUUUUAAAAACACAUUAACUUCAGAGGAAGGAUGGGCAAAUCUGGUUUAGCUGGUGAAACCCUUAUUUUCCUGGAGAUGCCUUAACCCAUGUUGGUUUUGGCUGUAGGGUUCAGGGUCACUUUUGUUUCCUUCUCCAUGCAGGGGAGGGACUUCCCUACACAGAGCCCUGGUUUUGUGGCUUUGGGGAUCGGAGGUAGCAUUCAAAGAUCAGAUAUGCUUUUCCUCACUUUGGAGACGAACACUCUGGGUUUUAAAGCAUUAACCUGCCUAAUCUUCGUGGUGAAAAUUAUACCUUCUCUGUUCUAGUCAUGCUGUGCAUGCUGCUUUCUGUUGGGGUCUAUAUAAAUGUGUUGAACUCAUAUCUACAUUCCAAAGAAAUUUCAAGGAACCAUAAAUAUAUGUAUACAUAUACAUAUAUAAAGUAUAUAUAUUAAAAUGAAAUUAUCUCUAUCAGGAAUACUGCCUCAGUUAUUGAACUUUUUUUAAGAAUACUUUUUUUUUAAGCUGAGAAGUAUAGGGGUGAAAAAGAUGUUAUAUUGUGUUUGACUAUUUUCCAACUUGUAUUUUCAUAUAAUUUAUAUUUUUUAAAAGCUGAAAAUUUAAAAGCAAGAUGAAAAAAAGGAAAAGCAGGUGCUUUUUAAAAAUCAGAACUGAGGUAGCUUAGAGAUGUAGCGAUGUAAGUGUCUAUGUGUUUUUUUUUUUUUUAAAAAUGCAAAAAAAAUUUCUUACGGGGGAGUUUUUUUGUUUGUUUAUUUUAGUAGCUGAUGCUGGCACAUCAUUUUGCUGGAGAGUUUUUUAUAUACUGUAGCCUGAUUUCAUAUUGUAUUUUAAACUGUGUGAGAUUAAAAACAAAGAAAUUCAUUCAUAA